AUGCGUAGACGAGAUAGGGAAUACGAAGUGGGCGAUCAUGUUUUCAUAAAAGUGACAUCGAUGAAAGGGCAAACUUAUUUUGGAGCUAAGGGCAAGUUAGCACCCCGGUACAUUGGGCCUUUUGAAAUCAUUGAGAAGAUUAACCCGGUAGCGUAUCAAGUGGCACUUCCCCCAAGUAUGGAGCACAUGCAUAAUGUAUUUCACGUGUUCAUGUUAUGGGAUUAUCUUCAAGAUCCUUUUCAUGUGAUUGAGUUGACUCACGUCCUUUUGACUGAUGAUUAUACAUAUAAAGAGCGGCCCAUUCAAAUUGUUAACUGCCGGAUUAAGAAGUUGAGAAACAAGGAAAUACCCUUGGUGAAAGUGGAUUGGCAAAAUCACGGUGGCACAUAUGCAACUUGGGAAAGAGAAGACGACAUGAAGCAGAGAUACUAG